UUAAGAGGGAGAAAGUUGGGAAGACAGCAAAACAAACUGAACUGGGAUAAGAAAAACAGUGUCUGGUAGUUAUACCUAAUGAAACUUGAAUAUUUUUUUUUAUCAUAAUAUAUAUCAAAAAUAUUCAAACGUGAAGAAAACAAAAAAGCUUCACAAUGGGCUGCUUCACUUUUAUAAAAGUUAUGAUGGUCUUAUUCAACUUAAUCAUCUUCCUGGGAGGAGCAGCGCUGCUGGCUGUGGGGAUCUGGGUGAGCGUGGAUGGAGGCUCCUUUCUCAAAGUCAUCGGGUCCAUCUCUGCCCAGGCCAUGCAGUUUGUGAAUGUCGGAUAUUUCUGCAUCGCCAUUGGUGCAGUCCUGGUGCUGCUUGGGUUCCUGGGAUGCUGUGGAGCUCAGAAAGAGAGCAAGUGCCUCCUCAUCAUGUUCUUUGCCAUUAUCAUGGUUAUUUUCAUCGCGGAGUUGGCUGCUGCUGUCGUGGCCCUGGUCUACUCCUCGUUUGCGGAAAGCAUCCUGAAGGCGUGGGCAACACCGGCAUUAAAGUCUGACUACGGGACCCAGUCAGAUGUGACACAGAUAUGGAACACGACAAUGACAGAGUUGAAGUGCUGUGGCUUCACCAACUACACUGACUUCAGUGGGUCGAGUUACUACAGUUCCCAUCAUUCCUACCCACCUUUCUGCUGCCAGAGCAACACCACGACUUGUAAUCUCGAGGCUGCUGAGAGCAGCGCCAUAGAGGGCUGCUUUAAUCGACUGCUGCUGACCCUGAAACAGAAUGCAAACAUCGUCGGUGGGAUUGCAGCCGGGAUCUGUGCUCUCGAGAUUGCUGCUAUGGUGGUGUCCAUGGUCCUGUACUGUCAUAUCGACAAGAAUGGAGUCAGUUAGAAGAAAAUCAGUGAUCUGCAAUAGGAGAGCCGCAAAUAUUUCUGUAGAAAUUUCUGUAAUGUAUUUAAUUGGAAUGCUCUUUUUGGGGAGGACAAAAAGUAAUUUAUCAGUUUCGUCAAAUUUUGCUGGUAACUUUUCAAGCAGCUUGUUGGAUUUGUAUUUUUCAGGAAUUCUGCCCUUGUGCCGAGUUUAUGCUGUGACAUGAAAACAAUUUUGAUUUGAGCAACUGACACAAGGAAGUUGUGACUGAGUAUUGUGUACCUUGAAAUCUUUGCAGUUCUUCUUCUUCAAUUCAAACCCUUGCUUGCGCACAUUAACAUUUGAAGUGCCAUACCAGGAAUGUCAGUUGUUACAUUUUGUGUUUAUUUAUUUUUAAAAUCCCACAGGUGGAUGGUGCAGUAGUGUAACUUGAAAAGAAAGUGAGGUCUAUUUGAAUGAUCCAGGCAGUGGCAGAUCUUUGUAACGCCAGCCUAAAAUGUAUAAACCCCAUGCAAAGGCUCAUUAUUAAAUGUAUAAACCUCAUGCAAAGACUCAUUAUUAAAUGGUUAACAACAUAAUGAAGCAUUCAGCUUUAUAAGAGCUUCUCCUGACAUUUCCUUUCCAUAGUGCCUCAAAUAUUCAAGGCUAUAACAGAGUUGUACAGGUUUGCCAAAAAACUAUCUCUAAACACUUUUUGAUUUUGAUAAUGCAAUUAAUUGAAAUUGUAUUAAAUACUGUAUACAGUAAAUGUUUGUGGUCAAUUCAACUCAAUAAUGUAAUGUUUAAAAAAGAUUUCAUAUUUUGAAUGAAGGAAGAUAAAAUCUUACAAAAA